GGGCUGGCCCAGCCCAUCAAACAGCCCCUCUGGCCCGAGGCCACGCAGCAGGCCAUGUCUCCAUGCCCCUCAGCGCCCGCGGGGGCCACUCCCAGGGCCCGACCGCGGAGCAGCAGCCCCCGCCAGCUCCUGCCUUCCAUGCUGAUGUUUGGUGUGAUCGUGGCAUCGAGCAGCCUGCUCCUGAUGAUCGAGAAGGGCAUCCUGGCGGAGGUGAAGCCCCUGCCUCUGCACCCUGCCCACGGAGAGCUCCCGGCAAGGCGUGGCGGCAGCCUCGGGGUGGCCAAGGAGGAGGAGGAGGAUGUGGCUGCGCAGGUGAUACGCGACAUCCGCAACCGGACCAUCCGCGCCGCGUGCGGGCAAGCGGGCGCCCCUCGCAGUGUGUGGGAGCUCUCGGCAGCGCAGCGGCGGGUGGUGCUCAAGCACCUCCUGGUGAGCGACAAGCACCGCUUCCUGUACUGCUACGUGCCCAAGGUGGCCUGCUCCAACUGGAAGCGCAUCCUGAAGGUGCUGGGCGGCACCCUGGAGAACGUGAACACCCAGCUGAAGAUGGACCACCGGAGGGACCUGGUUUUCCUCAGCGACAUGAAGCCCGACGAGAUCCGCUACCGCCUCAAGCACUACUUCAAGUUCGUCUUCGUCCGGGACCCGAUGGAGAGGCUGCUGUCCGCUUACAGAAAUAAAUUCGGGGAGAUCAAAGAAUACCAGUUAAGGUAUGGCGUGGAAAUAGUGAAACGGUACAGGAAAAACCCUGGGCAGAGCGCCGGAGACGACGUCACCUUCUCCGAAUUCAUCCAGUACCUCUUAGAUGAAGACGUGGAAAGGAUGAACGAGCACUGGAUGCCCAUCUACAACCUGUGCCAGCCCUGCGCCGUCAGGUACGAUUUCAUUGGCUCCUACGAAAGACUAAACGAGGAUGCCAAUUACGUGCUGGGAAGGGUUCGGGCGCCUUCUUUUGUGCAGUUCCCGGAACGGCAAUCGUGGUAUAAGCCAGUGACGCCAGAAACUUUGCAUUAUUACCUGUGUAAGACUCCAAGGGGGCUUAUCAAAGAGUUAUUACCAAAGUACAUUCUGGAUUACUCUUUAUUUGCUUACCCGCUACCAAACGUUAGCAGUCAAUUUUGCAGACAAUGAACAUUUUCCACUAUGAAGAAGUAGAUGUCCUAUGCAAUUUCCCAAUUUUAUCCCCUUUUUUAUAUCAAAUGCCUUGCUGCUUUGCUCUACAGGUUGCCUUUACAUUAAAAAAGCAUUCCCUUUUAUACAAAGUGUUAAUGGGCUGCUGACUUAAGCACAGGUUUUUUAAUGUGGUUUUUGUGUAUUUUAGGACCAAAGCAAUUUUUGUAUCAAAUGCAGGGCAGCAGUCACAUUUUAAGAACUGGAAUAGCAGGAGACAUGCAUAGAAUCAUGCUGUGUCAAGUAUUAUUUCCAUUAUUUUGUGUAAUAUAAA